UUCAAAUUAAUAAUUGAUUUUUUGUUAAAACUUACCAAAAAACAUUACCCCUUACCUUCACAGCUACGGAAGUAAAAGAUGGUGAACAAGAGCAAUUGCAUAGGGAUCAGCAACCCCAGAUGCCAUCCGUUCCCAGCAGCUGUUCUAAACACUCCGAUUGCGGCGAACAGCUUCAAUGUCUGGCAGGACAAUGUCUUGAUCCGUGCAAGUCUGGUUGCGGUCAAUCGGCAAUGUGUACUGUUAAGGCAAACGUUCCCAUUUGCACCUGCCCUUCUGGGUUUUACGGUGACCCAAAUGUCAAGUGUAUCCCACAUAUUCCGGUCGACAAUGACGAAAACGAAGGUACUGUCGGCCAGGUCGACACAGAUAUGACUACAACACAGGAGACGGACGCAUAUGUUAUGGAUGUAAAAGAAUUAUACGAUGGUAAAAAUAUUGACCGUUCCGAUGUGUUUAGCACUUUCGAGUCGGAAACAGAUUCUCCAGCUACUAGCACUAUAUCAACAUUUGAGACCACUGAAAACGAAGCGGAGAGCAUUACGACGGAAAGGUCAACCACAGGAAAUGUACCAAUUCCAUCACAUGUAACAGAUGAACCCAAAGUUACUUCCCUACCAAAUGGUAGUUUAUUAGUAACCGCUACGACAGAAACUUCAGAAACUACCGAAUUCAAUUCGCGUCAGUUUACAACUGACUACAUAGAUUCGAAAGAGUCUACUAGUGGAGUAACACGUGUUAGCACUAGUGAAAUAGAAAAUGUAUCUGAGCUAUCCGCAGAAAGCCAAGAGAUUCCAUCGACCGAACCAAAUGAGCUUGGAAUGCCAACGCCAACCACUGAACCAUCCAUACAAUAUUCAACAGCUGAUAAUAUAUCCUCAAGGGAACAUACUGAUAGUAUUUCUACUACUCAAAGGAAUGCAAUAUUCACUUCAGAUACGACGCUCUUUGGUGACACAACUACCACACAGUUAGGCCUCGCCACAGCGAGAGAAGACCAACUAGCCUUUACUCUUCCUCAAGAAACAACCACUAAUGGGUUGCAAUUCCGUGAUAGUACAAAGGUGUCUUUUGAUGACUCAAUAGUAACCGACUUUGAUAAAACUACCACCUGGAGCAAUUUAAAUUCUCCUUCCACUCUCCCUCCAACUGACUUACCAACAACUACGAUCAGAGACGAGGAGUUCAGCUCUAUACCGACAUCGAUAGUAGGUACAACCACUAGAAAACAUACGGAUAUGCAUUACAAGCAAGAACGUAAGACUACGGAGCUCGAAACCGAAAUCCCUCCUAUUUUGCAAACCCGGCCAACCACUUUAUCCGAUGUGCUAAUAAAGCGAACUACUACCGAACACUACGAUGAGUUUAUCUAUGGCCACGAAGCAACGGUAAAACCAAUGCAGGUUCCCACCGAAAACGUGACGAUAAAGCCGAUUAAAGAACGCAAAGAAACUGAAACUGUCACGUACGAGGUCGACAGCACCACCACUUUGAUCACGACCGAUUCGGCCGAUGAAAUUGAAACUGGACACGACCGAAGCAUUCCUUUGUCAACUAGUGCGUACGAUGACAGUGGUAAUAGUGAAGACUACGAAGAUAGUGUAGAACAAACCGAUAGUGAUUCGUAUAACCAAACGGUUCCGGUUGUUAGGACAACGAUCAGUGCUGAUCUCGGCUUUACCGAUGAUCACAAAACUAGCCAACCCACAGAGGUGAAUGAGAAAACAUCGACUAGAACUGAUGACUCUCUUUCGACAGUCGAAAGUUUUACAAGUGUAACCGAAACUAGCAGUAUAGAAGAUGGUAUUGGUCAAACCACACCUUUUAGCUCCAAAGCAACUGUUACUUAUUAUGAUGGUGAUGAUGGUAAUGCAACAGAAUCAGUGUCUCCUGUUUCAAUUGAAAAAUGCCUUACAAAACAUGAUUGCCCGCUCCAUCAAACCUGCGUCGAGAACAUCUGUGUCGAUCCAUGCCAACUGAAGAAUAAUCUCUGCCCCGAACACAUUCCUUGCCUUACCGUGAACCACGAACCUAAGUGCCUUUGCAAUAGAGCUGAUCCGGUCGAUUCAGCAAAUUGUUUAGAAGAAUCAGGUAAUAAGCUCCAAGAAUAUCUCUUAGCUGAUUGCUUCCCGGACCGGUUUAAAGUUCCUCUACAAAUCGCUGCUUGAUGUGCUCUUUUUUGGUAUGCUACUUUCUCAUCCUUACCUAUUACCAAACCAUGCGGCGCUGAUUCAAAUAGUACCCGAACACACUACAUCAACGCUCCUUCACGUUCACCGGAACGCAUCAUAAAAUGCUGAUAGGCUCAUCUCCUGCCAGAGUAAUUCGUCUACUGUAGUGCCCAAAACAUUAGCUCUUCCAUAUUUACGCUGUCACUAUUCAAACCUAUUCCCGAAGAGAUGUAGAAUCAGCGCGAGGUUUAGUGGAACAUUGACCGGUUACCGGUGAAGACCAAUCGUAGAGAACAUCCUGAAUGGCACACCUGCAACUAUCUGUUAGAUCUGAAUCAUUUCUUCCACAAUGUGGCUCCAGCAGAAAAGCCUCAUUGUACUGCAGACUCCGACGACUGCAGCUGCAUGGAAAUCAGUCUUUCAGAGAUCAACCAUUUUUUCUAGCGGAUUUUUACAAAAGUUCAUCAUGUACUCUUUGCUAGAAAAGCAUCCCCCAGAUUAGAAGGCAAUGCGUAUCGUUGAAUCAUUAUCUGGUAUUUUCUGUCUUCUUUUUUCCAGUAGUUGGAAUGGUUAGUCAACCAUUUAUAGUCACAAGUGCUUCCAACCUUGAGAGAAUGCAUGCCGUUCGAUCGCACCGAUCGAAAACAAAUCUCUUGUUGUAUUCUGUUCUAGAGGCUGUAAAUAUCCUAUCCGAACAAGUCUGGUGAUUGGAAUGUACAUAUUUAAACUUACAAAAAACUGUAUACUAACAACAAGACUUUGCUUGCUUUAUUGAAAUAUGUUUGUGUAGAGGAUUUGGUGAGACGCUUAGCUUGCAAACUGCUUGCGUAGUAUUCGUAGCCAUGGUCAAGCGAAAAUCAGUAGUGUGUAGAGUUCAUCAAAUUUUCCAGUAAUUUCAUCAGUUCGAAAUCAGCUCCCUCCUGGGAGCUCCAACACGAACACAAAUGGGGAAGUACGAUGCAUGAACUGUUCUAA